AUCCAACUCUCCGUCAUGGGAAAAAGAAAGGCCAGCGGUCGCCCCGCCGCGCAGAAUGCGCCCGCUCCCCAGAAAACCAAAUACAACGUCGAGGAGCGAUUUGACGGCUCGGAGGAUGAGUUCCAAGCGGGCCGGGAUCAGAUCCUGCUGGAGGAGGCUCCGGAUGCGAAACGCCGGAGAAAAAUCGCUGCGCAAGAUGAGUCGCUCCAGCUAUCCGACGAGGAGAUAAUGGGCUACGAUUCUGUGGACGAGGACGAGCUGGACGAUGAGGAUGAGUUCGAUGAGGGUCAGGACAUGCAAGAGGAUGACGACGACGACUUCGAUGAUAUCUCAGGAAAGGACCGGAAACGCCGUGGCAGCUUUGACUCUGAAGACGAAGAGGGCAUUGCGGCGUGGGGCUCUUCCAAGAAGGAUCUCUACGAUGCGGACCAGAUCGAAACGGAGGCCGAUGCGCUCGAGGAAGAGGCGGAAGCCAAGCGACUGCAGCAGAAACAUCUGCAGGCGAUGGACGAGGCGGACUUCGGCUUCGACGAGUCCGAGUGGGCCGAAUCGGGCAAAGACAAGGACGACGGACAGGACGGCGCGGGGGUGGUCACCGAGGUGCUCCCGCAGGUGGAAAUCACGGAUAAGAUGAGCUCGAAGGAGAAGAUGAAGAUCUUCAGGUCGAGAUACCCUGAGUUUGAGCCACUGGCCAAGGACUUCAUCAGUCUGCAGCGCAAGCAUCGGGGUCUUUCGCAGGUUGCCAAGUCUACGAAAAUUUCCGAAGACGCCGAGUUCCUUCCCGUUCCCGUCGUCAAAUUCCAGGCUUUGUCCGCAUACCUGGGUGCGAUCAGCUUGUAUUUCAUGAUGCUGAUGUCCCCGUCCUACGACUCGACCGGCAGCUCGCCUCUGCUCUCCCCCGCCCAGAUCCGCGCACACCCGGUCAUGGCUUCGCUAGUCAAGUUCAGGAAAGUCUGGGAGGACGUGAAGGACCUCACUGCCCCCGAGACCAAGUCUCAGAAAUCGACCCCGGCUUCCGCAAAAUCGACCAAGGAGACCCCUCAGAAAGCCGCACCCGCAGAUUCCAAGAAGCAGAGCGCGAAGCGCAAGGAAGCCCAGGAAGCCAAGAAGACCGAGAAGGUCUCCAAGGCCCAGCGAGCCGCACAGGCAGCCCAGGCCGAGGCCGAUGCCCAGAGAGCCGAGAAGCUGCGCGAGACCGAAGCCAACCUUGCCGAUCUAUCCGAUCUUGUCACCAAACCAAGCAAGAAACGGGCUGCACAGGCGAACAAAUCCGGCGCCAAAGACGACGACUCCGACUUUGGCGACGAGGACGCUCUUACCACCAAGGAGGCCGAGGAGAAAGCAAGACAGAAGCGCUCUCUGCGCUUCUACACUUCCCAAAUCGCGCAGAAGGCCAACAAGCGUACCGCUGCUGGUCGCGAUGCCGGUGGCGAUGCGGAUCUGCCUUACCGUGAGCGUCUGAAGGAUCGCCAGGCCAGACUGUUGGCCGACGCCGAGAAGCGCGGUAAGGCCAAGCCGCAAGGGGCAGAACAGCUGGGCGGUGGCAGCGAUGACGAGGAUCAUCUCGCUGCUAAGGAGAUCCGGGGCGAGGGGUCCGAUGAGGACGACUACUACGACAUGCUCGCGGCGCGGUCUAAGGGGAAGAAGGACGAGAAGAAGGCUCGCGCGGAGGCCUACGCGGCGGCCGCUCGUGAAGGCGGACAGGUUGCGGUCCACGAGGAGGUUGGUCCGGACGGCAAGCGAGCCAUCACGUACCAGAUCGAGAAAAACAAGGGCUUGGCGGCCAAGCGCAACAAGGAUUCGCGGAACCCGCGUGUCAAGAAGAGGAAGAAGUAUGAGGACAAGAAGAAGAAGCUGGGCAGUAUUCGCCAGCAGUUCAAGGGUGGUGAGGGCCGCGGUGGAUAUGGUGGUGAACUGACUGGUAUCAAGAAGAACCUGGUUAAGAGUGUUAAACUCUAAGUGGUGUUGUUCGCUUGUCUUGAAAUAUCCAAAGGAUUUGUGCAGUUUUUGGCGUUUGAUGUGUG